AUGCCAAUGGAACCAAAACUUUCUCCUGGAAGUUCUGAGAUGUUGCUGAUGCGGUUCGACCGAAGAACUUGCGGCAUACUCUCCGUCAAAGAUGGAGUAACGGAAAACCCUUGGCGGACAUUAGUGUGGCCGUUGGCUAAAGAAUCCCCUGCGCUUUACCAUGCUAUCUGUUCGCUAGCGGCAUUUCAUUGCAGCAAGGAGGAUCCCCAUCUAAAGGUCUUUGGAAUGGACCACAUGCGCCAAAGUGUCCGCACCCUCGCAAUGGACAUUGGGACAAUGAGGACGGAUGCAGCGCUAGCAACCACACUUGCGUUGGCGUUUGCAGAAUCGUGGGAUAGGCAUAUAUCCAACGGAAUACAGCACCUUCGUGGAGCCAAGGUUCUCAUGAACCAAGCUUUGGAGAACCAGCGGCAUUUUUCAACUAGGCGCAGUGACUUUGCCCGAUUACGGUUCCUUUAUAAUACUUGGUUAUACACUGUGGUUAUCGCCAGGCUGACGUCGCUGGAAGAUAAUGUCUUUGACGACUUGCCGCUGCCUCCUGAACCCUCGCCUAGUAUCCGAGUCCACGAAAUUGACCCUCUCCUGGGAUGUGCCGCUACGUUAUUCCCUCUCAUCGGUCGAGUGGCUAGCCUUGUCCGGAAAGUGUGUAGCACCAAAUCCAACUCCAUCGCCGUCAUAUCACAAGCGAUCGAAUUGAAAACUUUGGUCGAGCAGUGGGAGCCUCCCAAGUAUUUCGAACCGCCAGAGGACCCUACAUCAGAUGUCCAACAUAGUUUUCAAACGGCACAGGCGUACCGCUGGGCGACGUUGCUCCACCUCCAUCAUGCGGUUCCAGAGAUCCCAUCAGAGUCAGCAAGUGAAUUAGCAAAACGUGUCUUGGUGCUUUUGGCUACCGUUCCUCUUAGUUCGCGGACUAUUGUUGUCCAAAUUUUCCCUCUACUAGCUGCGAGUUGCGAAGUCGACAAUGAAGAAGAUCGAGCCUGGGUUCGCGAACGUUGGGCAGCAAUGCAAUCUCGACUGAUGAUUGGGAACAUUGAUCGUUGCGUGGAGAUUAUACACGCCGUUUGGUCCCGCCGUGAUGACUAUCACGCGAGAAAACUGAGCGGCCAGCAAGUUUCAUAUGUUGUGCCAUUGGAUCCGACUAGAAGAGCCAGCGUUCAUAACACCAUUGAAGACGAUGAUCUGGGAAGUUUAGAACUCUUCGACCAGGAAAGGCGGCAAUCAAUACCGGAUCUAAGUUCCCUGAGUUUCGGGUCGCCAAGCCUGUCUCCUAUCCCUGUUCCAGUCAGGAGAGGGUCUAUGAACAUGGCAUUAGAGAGUUGGGAAUUUGAAACGACGGUUCGAGGUAGGCUUCAUUGGUUGGGAGUCAUGAGAGAUUGGAAUUGGGAAGUACUCCUAGGAUAA